GCGCGCCGCUAGGAGCGUUGGUGACUAGUGUUGGAUUUGUGUUACACAUUCAAUUGGGCUAAGACAAAGGGGUGGUAUUAUCAAAGAUGGAGUCUAGAUGACCUUUGGAGAAGAGCAUAGGGCUGCCAUGAUCAUAAGAUGGGCCUACCAGAGUCUAGAAGCUUCUGGCUGGCGGUCGUGACAUCGACAGCGCUCCUGGUGGCUGGAUGUGCGGCCCAGGAUGAGUUGAACAGUGUUCGUAAUGUUGGAGACCUGUGGAACACAUCUUCUUGUAUAGAACCACCCUUCGCUUGUCCCCACCCCCGCAUACAGUUCUUCUUAUAUACCAGGUACACGCAGCAGAACCCAGAUCUCCUAGACACUACGGACCCCGACUCCUUGUACCAGAGUCAUUUCAACCCAGCACAUCCUACGAAGGUGAUCAUCCAUGGGUUCCAGGGGGGUCGCAACCUGGCUCCCAGCACGGACCUUCGGGAUGCCUAUUUCCGUCGUGGCGACUACAACAUCAUCAUCGUCGACUACUCCACCCUAGUCAAGCUGCCGUGCCUAAGCCAAAUGGAGUGGUCGCCAAGGUUCUGUGGUCAGUGUAUAGCCCAGAUGGUGGAGUACCUGGCGUACCACCCCAGAGGAGUACCUCCAGACUCACUCCACCUCAUGGGGUACAGCAUAGGAGCUCACAUUGCCGGGCUGACCGCCAACUUCGUACAGGAGGGGAAGCUGGGAAGGAUAACUGGUCUGGACCCCACGAUUAUUUUCUACAUGGGCAACAACCGAUCGAGGGACUUGGACCCUUCGGACGCCCAUUUCGUCGACGUCAUCCACACGGGGGCCGGGGUCCUGGGCCAGUGGGGACCCAACGGACACGCUGACUUCUACGUCAACGGGGGCACCAGUCAGCCUGGCUGCUUCAGUAACAGUCUUAUACGGACGUUGUCAUGCGAUCACACCAAAGUGACUCCGUACUUCAUAGAAUCCAUCAACUCCGAAGCCGGGUUCUGGGCGGUGCCUUGCUCCAACCGCUUCCUCUUCAACUUGGGUUUCUGCAAUCCUCCGGUCCAAGACUGGGUCCUCAUGGGGGAAAAUGCUAACCCUAAGAUUCGAGGAAUAUUUUACCUCACGACGAACGCAAACCCUCCUUACGCUCAAGGUCUUCCAGGACGAGCGAAACAGAGGACAUCAAACAGAAGACAACGUCAAACACCUAGGAAAACGUAGCCAAGAGUCCAAAAGUGGAAGAUAUCGUAUUUAUUUCAAAACUUAAGUGUAGAUGACAUAUAAACUGAAGACAGUAACGUCUUAAGAGAAACGAGGCAACCAUUCCUUUUUCCAUAAAGUUAUGGCAUUAGAAGUAAUUAUACCCAUAAAAUGAAAGCUGGUGGAAGUAUUUCAAGAAAAUACAGCCGUUGAAGACAUUGGAAUUCUGCUAGGGUAUAAGCCAACACUAAAUCGUACGUCAAAGAAGACAGCCAACUUCAAUCAAUUGAAUCAGGUAGUCAUCAGUUGAAAACUGAGGAAAUCGUAGCCAACAGAGCACACUACAAUGAUAUAGGAGACAACUGAAGUCUUCCACGAAAAUGAAGUCAACAGAAACUGACUCAUUCAAAUCUUUGAAUUUGAAUGAGUCAGUUUUUCAUCGAACUAAGAUAUAUUUUACCCUAAAGGUUUAGCCAUAAAGUUUGGCGAAGGUGUUGCAAAAACUUUAGCCAAUAUAAGGUCAUAAAUAAAUCAGUAUUCUGCUAACAGAAACGUGAUUAAAUCUCAUCUGUGAUUUUGAAGAUGUUGAAUUUGAAAUCAACUACAAUUAAUUGUUACUGCAGUCAAAGACUAUAGUAUUUACCAAAAAGUUUGCUAAGGGAUUGUUUCAGUGCCUACGAUAAGUGAGGUUUACUUCGUGAAAGUGUAUGACUCAUAUAGUACUCAUCAAAAUUAUAAAUCAUUUGUCACGGCACCUAGCCCUAAUUAAUUGUUGUACAUAGCUUCAAAAUACGUAAGUGAUUUUUCAUCUCCAUGACAAAAGGUUGAACAUUCAUCAAAGAGCAAAGUUCAAAAUUCAUUGUGUAUUUUUAGUUAGAACAUUUGUAUAGUAAUAGGUUAGGUUGAGAAUUUUAGUUUUAAUUUAAUACUCCUAUUAGUGUUUGUAAAUAUUCACUAUUUAUUGUGUUAGGAUUUCGUAGAAUU